AUGUCCUCCUAUCAAUCUCCUGUCCACGCCCCCCAGGGCCACGCUGUGACGUCGCGACAAUUCCCCGCGUUCAACCCUGUCGCUGCCGUCACCGCACCCGCGGGGACCUUUCUCCCCGGGACCAAGGUCCAGGUGGGCAGUCACCGCGUGGUGGUGGAGAAGUAUUUAUCUGAGGGUGGGUUUGCUCACGUCUAUGUGGUGCGGCUGCCUCAACCGGUCAAUGGCACGGAGACCGCUGUGCUGAAGCGGGUCGCUGUGCCUGACAAGUCGGCCCUGGCCAGCAUGCGCACCGAGGUUGAGACCAUGAAGAAGCUCAAGGGGCACCGGCAUAUCGUCAGGUACAUCGAUUCGCAUGCCUCCCAGCUGCAAGGCAGCGGCUACGAGGUCUUCCUCCUCAUGGAGUACUGCGGGGGUGGUGGCUUGAUUGACUUCAUGAACACCCGGCUUCAGAACCGGCUGACGGAGCCCGAGAUCAUCAAAAUCUUCUCGGAUGUGGCUGAAGGAGUUGCCUGCAUGCACUACCUCAAGCCGCCACUGCUCCAUCGGGAUCUCAAAGUGGAGAACGUUCUCAUCUCGCGAUCCCGGGGUUCGACUACCUACAAGCUGUGCGACUUUGGAUCCUCGGCACCUCCCCGUCCGGCUGCUACCUCGGCCGCUGAAGGUCGCUUGAUUGAAGACGACGUGCAGCGCCACACGACAAUGCAGUACCGUAGCCCGGAGAUGAUUGACGUUUACCGCAAGCAACCAAUUGACGAGAAGAGCGACAUUUGGGCCCUUGGUGUGUUCUUGUACAAACUGUGUUACUAUACGACGCCCUUCGAAGAGGUUGGCCAGAUGGCCAUCCUCAACGCCAAAUACAAAUUCCCCGCAUACCCUCAGUUUUCGGACCGGUUGAAGAUGUUCAUCGCAAUCAUGCUCAAGGAGAAUCCACAAAAGCGUCCGAAUAUAUACCAGGUUCUCAAGGAAGUGUGUGAGAUGCAAGGGAAGGAAGUACCAAUUCGAGAUAUCUACUCCAAUCGGUCUGUUUCUGAAACCCGGCGAAACCAGGAACUACCUCCCACGCCAACAGAAGCAACUGCGGUGGGCGCAACAUUCUCGCCUCCUAUUCAAGAGACUCAAAUCAUCCCCGAUAUUCCGCCUAUGCGCAGAGGACGGCCCGUAAAGCCUCAGUCGUCUGCGCACAGUUCAGCCAAACCAAGCCCUUCUCCAUAUCGCGGUGGCUCCAAGACCUCAUCCCAUGACCCGUUCGCAGCAUUGGAUGGAGACACGAAGAAGAAGACUGCGGACGAACUGUCCAAACGAUUCCCGACAUUGGACCAGUUCGAUAUCCUGCACGAGAAGGGCGACAAGUUCGACUUUGAACCGACACUGAAAGAGACUAAAUCGGAAGACGAGGACCUCUCGCAGAGGCUUACCAAUGCAUUGGCCGAUGAUGCUUUCGCACGACGGCCUUCUCUAGAGCAACAGGCACCCGCUGCAGACCGACGGUCGCAGAUCUCGCCUGCGCAACCACAGAAGCCCCAAGAAGUUUCCACUCGGCCACAGGCGCCGCUGUAUCAGCCCACCCCUAAGCGUCCUACAAUGGUCUCGACUGGCACUAUGACAUCUCCUUCCCAGACACCCCGGUUGCAGGAACCGAAGCUUUCUAGCCGCCCAAUCUACCGCUUCCCGCCAUCCGAGCAUGAGCGACGGCCUUCCAGCCAGCCCUGGACCGAGGAAGAGCAGAAGGUGACUGGAUAUAAUGUCCCGUCGUCCCCGUCGCUCAAUUUGAGACCGGAAGCGAGCCCACGGCUGUCUUCUGAUCAGUUAUCCAACCAGUCCAACUCUGCCCGUGCCUCCAUGGAGACAAUGCGGCGGCCAUCUGGGUUGGAAGCCACUGAUCCGGGGGGAAGGUCCAAGUCUGCCAUCGCCAAGGCUCGCCCUGUAUCGGUACAAGCUGCAUCUCGUUACGACAUUCCGCAUGAACCCCAGGCCUCACGUUCCUCUUUGGAUCUCUCUCGAAUGCAAUAUGAGGGUGGUGCGCCCCUGAGAACGGUCCGUACUGAAGUCGAUCGGGAGUCUGAACGAGCCAACAUCUCCUCGGACGUGGACUAUCUACGAGCCAAGGAAGAGGAAGAAAGCAACCGUAAGCGUGAGAAGCGUUCUAGCGGUGGCUCUAAGUAUGCCAAGCGGGGCAGCUUGCCUUCUCUGUCACUUUCAGGAAGCAAGACCUUAUUCGCCGGUCGUUUCGGCGAGGCGUUCCGCCGAUUCGAGAGCACAAACCAGGACAAGCCUUCCACUCCGACAGCCGAGGAAUAUCCCUCGCGCCACAAAGCUCUCAUAAGCGAAUCGGAUAUUUUGGAUUCUCCGCCCAACGAGGGGUUGUCAUCCUACGAAGACGAUGUUCUGGAAGAUGUAGACCGCGAUGAUAUCUCUCCAGAAAUGCGCCGCGAACUCGAGCGCCGCCGGCUCUCCCAGGAGGAGAAACGAGUUGCCCAUGCUGCAGCAGAGUAUAGGCGCCGCGCCGCCGACGGUGAUGGGAGCGGACAGCAUCGGUCUCGGGCGAUCCUGAACCGGGUGCAGAAUCUCCUUGGCGAAUCCAACAAGCCCCAGUCUGCUCCCAAGACCGCAACCGGGUAUGGGAAAUACACCGACACCGGUGCUUUGCAGGCAAAGCAAGGUAGUAGUGACCCUCAACCGCCCUCCUCGGGUACACUCCCCAUCUCCCGUACUCCUGGUCCCAUCUACGGUGCCCGUGAAACGACCGUGGCGCCCCCGGACCGUCGUGAAGAUGCCAGUGCCCCUGCGACUCUCCCUCACGCUGCCACUUCCCACUCCACCGGAUACCCGUCUGCGCGUCCCGCAUCACGCCCUGUGGCUCCGCCUAAGCCGAAGAGCCUGCGGGUGAGUGGGCAGGACACAUCGCGACCCAGCAGCAGCAAGGACCGCAGGCCCUCCGUUCAACCGACCCCGACGAGUCCCGGCGGGGAAGACUGGGAAGCCAAUUUCAGCCGGCGGUUCCCGAGCCUGUCCGGGAUGGAGAUGGAGACGGAGAUCGAGAUUUCGAAAUACCCCAAACUCAGGACCCGGGAGGUGUAA